AUGGCUACCAAUGGACAUUUCGCCUCCUUAGGGGGCGAUAGCAGCGAUAAGACCGCUUAUGAGCACGGUGUACAAGUGAUCGAUGAAAACAAGGAAUUUAAUCCCAACCUGUCCAAGUACCUCAGUAUCGAAGAUGUUACGCCAGCUGGAUUCAACUACCACCUCAUCUCCGUGUUCGGCUCCCAGUCAACAGGCAAAUCCACCCUCCUGAACCAUCUCUUCGGCACCCGUUUCUCCGUCAUGUCCGAGUUGGAGCGGCGCCAGACCACCAAGGGAAUCUGGAUGUCCAAGAACAAGAACACCGAAGGCUCUAUGGCUAGCAAUAUACUCGUAAUGGAUGUUGAAGGUACGGACGGCCGUGAGAGAGGUGAAGAUCAGGACUUUGAGCGCAAAAGCGCUCUUUUCGCGCUAGCGACGAGUGAGGUCCUCAUUGUCAACAUUUGGGAACACCAGGUGGGGUUGUACCAGGGUGCAAACAUGGGCCUGCUGAAGACCGUGUUUGAGGUCAACCUGCAAUUGUUCCUGAAGGACAAGAACACCACCCACCGAUCACUACUGUUCUUCGUCAUUCGUGACUUUGUCGGUAUGACGCCCCUCAAAAACCUCCAGAAGACGUUGAUGGAGGAUAUGUCUCGCCUGUGGGAUUCGAUUUCCAAACCCGCCGGUUUGGAGAAGUCUACUGUGCACGAUUAUUUCGACUUCCAGUUCUACGGCCUCCCUCAUAAAGGCUACCAGCCGGAGCAAUUUGUCGCUGAAACGAAAAAGCUUAGUCUUCGAUUCCGUGAAGGCCACAAGGACCCCAGUCUGGACGCGCAGAAGGGAGAAUUUUCAGAUGGGGGUGUUUUCCUACCUGAGUACCACCGACGCAUCCCGGCGGACGGAUUUUCCAGAUAUGCUGAAGGGAUCUGGGACCAGAUUGUGAACAACAAAGAUCUGGACCUGCCGACCCAGCAGGAGCUUCUGGCACAGUUCCGCUGCGAUGAGAUCCUGCGUGAAGUGAUGGUCGCUUUCGACGAGGCCAUUGUUCCUUUCGAGGAUAAACAGUCUCAGGCGGCCCGUCUGGGUGAGCCAGAGAUCCUCGGCGGCUUGGGUGCAGCCAUGAGAACGGCGAGGGCCAAGGCUGUCAAGAGCUUCGAAACGGAAGCAAGCCGGUACCACAAGGGUGUCUACCAACGCAAGCGGGCUGAGCUUGAAAGCAAAAUCGAUACCCGUCUUAAGGCCCUGUUUCAGGGUCAGCUUAACGCCACCCACAAGUCCGGAAUCAACGAAUUUAGCGAUGCAGUUACUACUGCAGUCAAGUCUGGUCAGAAGAAAGGCACUGGGUAUGAUUUCGCUGAAAUUGUGAGCGAAGAGGUGAAAAAGGCCAUGGAGAAAUUCGAGGAAGUCGCCCGCACGACCACGGUGGAGGGCACGUCCUGGAGCGAUUAUUCGCAAGAGUUGGCGUUGUAUGAGAAAGAGCUUGCCGAGGUCAGUGCAAGGCUGAGAAGGGAUGAAAUGCGUCGUCUCGCUACUCGGGUCGAGCGAUGGGUGCAAUCUCGCCUGGGCGAAUCCGUUGGGCUCGAGUUCAAUGCUCUUGGAUCCGGCCGGGCUGGAGGUGGUGCUCCGGAAACCGGUGACAAGCCGACUGAGAAGAAGUUCUGGGACCGGGUGUGGAACGUUUUUGUUGAGACCGUCCUUGACGCCGAGAGGCGGUUUACCGACCGUGCCAGCAGCUUCGAUGCCAGCCUGGAAGAGGUGGACGUCGGCCUUUGGCGACUCCGACGGAAGUCCUGGGGCGUUCUCCGAGCCAAGAUUGACGAAGAAAUGAUCGAGGGCAACCUUCUGCUGAAGCUACGGGAGAAUUUCGAGGACAAGUUCCGCUACGACGAUGCUGGCGUUCCCCGGAUUUGGCGGCCUACCGACGACAUUGAAGGCGUGUACACCCGUGCUCGCGAAUCCACCUUGACACUGAUCCCUCUUUUGUCCAAAUUCAAGCUGUCGGAAACUUCGGCUCCCCCGCCUCUGGACCGCUGGGUUGGACAUACGCCUAGCUCUGCAACGGCCGCAGACGAGGAAGACCUGCCUCCGAUUGGCGGGGUGGAUGAAGAGGAAGGCAAGAGUUUGGAGGAAGAGAUGACGAUCCUCAGCGACUCCAAGCGGCAGGAACUGAUUGUUCGAUUCAAGAAGGCCGCCGACGGGGUGUAUGUCGAAGCCAAGCGGAGUGCUAUCGGCGGCAUGACCCAGGUGCCUCUGUAUUUCUAUGGUAUUCUCCUUGCGCUUGGCUGGAACGAGAUUAUUGCAGUCCUUCGGAACCCUGCAUAUUUCUUCCUGCUGUUUGUAUGCGCCGUGGCAGCCUAUGUGACCUACCAGCUUAACCUGUGGGGUCCCAUCUUGAAGAUGACCGAGGCUGCUUCCAACCAGGCGUUAGCGGAGGGGAAGAAGCGACUACGCGAGUUCCUUGAGUCGUCGGACACUGGCAGACAGGCCAUCGCCAUGUCUGCUUCUGGCUCGGAACAACACGAGAUGUCCCGCCUGAACAAACAGGGGAAAGCAGCGGCAAGCGAUGAAGACGGGGACGACUUGUAA